UGGAGCUGGAGCGGCUCGCCAUGCCGCCCCGCGGGCCGCGGGAGCUGCCGCUGGCGCUGCUGGAGCUGGGCUGCGCGGGGCGCUUCGAGCUCCUGACGGGACCGCCGGGGGCGGCCGAGGCGCCCGAGCCGCGCUGCACCCUCCCGCAGGGUCUCCCCCCCUUCGCCCCCCCCCCUCGUGGCCGAGCUGGAGCAGCGAAUCCUGGGGACCCCCGAGGGGCUCCCCAUCCACGGGCACGAGAGGGCCAGGAGGGAGUGGCCUAA